AUGCUCAGAGCGUGUAGCCAACAGAAGAGUUAUGCCGACCAUCGCCGCAAGAAUUUAGAGUUUGAUGUAGGUGAUCAUGUAUUUUUGAAGAUAGCUCCGAUGAAAGGGGUUAUGCGAUUUGGGAGGAAGGGUAAACUUAGUCCUAGGUUUAUCGGUCCAUUUGAAAUUCUAGAUAAAGUGGGACUGGUAGCCUACAGGCUAGCUUUGCCACCUGUAUUGUCCAGGAUUCACAACGUAUUUCAUGUUGCUAUGUUGAGGAAAUACGUCCCAGACCCUUCUCAUGUCAUCAAUUAUGAUGAGUUGGAGAUUAGUGAUUCACUGGGAUAUGAGGAGGUACCAGUACAGAUUUUGGAUAGGAAAGUGCAAGAGCUACGUAACAGGACGAUUCCUCAAGUAAAAGUCUUGUGGAGGAAUCAUGCAGUAGAAGAGGCUUCUUGGGAGUCUGAGGAGCAGAUGAAGCAGAGGUAUCCGCAUUUAGUUGGACAUCCCCCCAAUACCGAACCUCCGCUGCAGAUCCCCAGCGCCGACCGCCCUCCUGUCGUCUCCUUCUCUCCCGUGCACAGGCGAAGGAUCACUCUCGGCUGCAGGUGCUUUCUCUCGGUGGGGAAGGGAUCUCUCACGACUGGUGAUGAAGAAGCCUCACGGCUCUGCAGGAGUCUCUCGCUUCUGGAGCAAAGGAAGCGUCUCCUCUGUUUGGGUGAAGGAGACUCACGGUUCUGCCAAAGAAGACGACUCGGCUCCGCUGCUGGAGGAAGACUCUCGCGGCUCUCCUUUCUGAACCUGCUGAAAACUGAAGUGUCAAGAACCCCUCAUGCGCUGCUGUUUUUCUUGAAGCUGCGAAGACGCCAAGAUCCAGCGCCUCUGCCCCCUGCUGUUCAAUUUUACAACUAA